AUGUUUCCCGGUCUCCCCAUCUCUUUCAUAAACUUAUGCCCACCAGCCGCCUUACCUAAGUCGCGCCCCCCCCAGCUUUCCGAAGAGGAGAUCAAGCAGAUGGAGGCUGAGGCCAACUUCUCCAUCCAGCAGGUGGUCGUCUCUGCCGUCCUUCUGUAUCUCUCCCCUUUUGUCAUUGAUGCCGCCUCCAAGGUCCUGUAA